AUGGAACUGGGGGGUAGUGAUGAGGACACCUGGGACGUCGCCUUCUCGGACGAGCACAUCCGUGCGAUCUGCGCCAACGUCGUCGCUGAGCAGCUCAAGGACCUCAAGAAGGAAGUGGAUUCGGCCGUGGCCACAUCCAUCUCGGAGUCGGAACUGCCGCGCAAGCUGGACAAGUAUAUUCAGGUCACGCUCAAUCCUCGCUUGGAUGAACUACGACGUGAGUUCACGACGAAGUCCGACACUCUCUCGGCCAUUGUCCAGAGCGUGGACACGAAGGUUGAGGCUCACACGAAAGAUAUUCAGGAGCUCGAGGACACCGUCAAGCAGUUGCAGGCGGAGCUGGCCGUGGCGAACCAGCGGCCGUCCAAACCUGUGGUGUUUUCGUUUGCCUUCGAGCGGGAGGUGGACUACUCGAUCAUCAAGAUCAAUGCGGGCAAGCUGGUGUCGAAGGCCAAGGUGCAGGAGGCGCUGCAGCCAUGGCUGGAAGUCGACGCAGGUUUUGCUGCAGACUGGUGGUCGAUCGAAUGCCGUGAUGUCUUGUCGCGCGUCUUCACUGUUCGCGUCGCUGGAGGUGAAGGCCUGACUGCUCGUCGCGUGGCCAAGGCGCUCUCCAUGCUCAGGGUGGACGGGCAUUGGCGGCAGUUCGAGAUCGAGGCGCACAGCGGCGAGGGCGCGACCAAGCUGCACGUCAGCGCGGACAAGAACCCGCGCACCAUCAAGCCGGAGAUCAUGGGCCGCAAGGUCAAAGGUUUGCUCACCACCUUCCUGGGCAACUCGCACCGUCUCUUCCUCGACCGCGAGAGGGGCUGGCUGUCGGCUAAGUGGAACGUUGCCACGAUCAACCGGCUGGGCCUCGACAAGGAUCGCCUCGCCGAG